GCCCUUGGGCUGCAGCUCGCAACCAGAGGCAGUCUCUCUCAGCUCUCGGAGGGACGGGGAGCGGCAGCCGCGGAGUAGAAUGCUCUGCGGGGCGCCCUGAGCCGGGGCCGCGUGAAGCAGCUUCGGGGGCCGGGGCCACAGGGCAGCUUUCACCAUGCAUCAGUCCCUGACUCAGCAGCGGUCCAGCGACAUGUCCCUGCCCGAUUCCAUGGGAGCCUUCAAUCGAAGGAAACGAAACUCCAUCUAUGUCACUGUGACUUUGCUCAUUGUGUCCGUGUUAAUUCUCACGGUGGGCCUUGCCGCCACCACCAGGACCCAGAAUGUGACCGUCGGAGGUUAUUACCCAGGAGUUAUUCUCGGCUUUGGAUCCUUCCUUGGAAUCAUCGGAUCAAACCUUGUUGAGAACAAACGGCAGAUGCUGGUGGCUUCUAUCGUCUUUAUCAGCUUCGGUGUGAUUGCGGCCUUUUGUUGUGCCAUUGUCGAUGGGGUCUUUGCUGCCAGACACAUUGAUCUGAAACCACUCUAUGCUAACCGGUGCCACUACGUCCCCAAGACAUCCCAGAAGGAAGCUGAGGAGGUCAUAAGUUCCUCAACCAAAAAUUCUCCUUCCGCGAGGGUUAUGAGGAACCUUACCCAGGCAGCUAGAGAGGUGAACUGCCCUCACCUCAGCCGAGGAUUCUGCACGCCUCGCAUCCGGGGCAACACCUGUUUCUGCUGUGACCUCUACAACUGUGGCAACCGCGUGGAGAUCACUGGUGGGUACUAUGAAUACAUCGACGUCAGCAGCUGCCAGGACAUCAUUCACCUCUACCACCUGCUCUGGUCUGCCACCAUCCUCAACAUCGUCGGCCUGUUCCUGGGCAUCAUCACUGCCGCUGUCCUUGGAGGCUUUAAGGACAUGAACCCAGCUCUGCCAGCGCUGAACUGUUCUGUUGAAAAUGCCCACCCAACGGUUUCUUACUACGCUCGUCCUCAAGCGGCAUCGUACAAUACCUACUACCAUAGCCCUCCCCACCUGCCGCCAUAUUCUGCUUACGACUUUCAGCAUUCCGGUGUCUUUCCAUCCUCCCCUCCCUCUGGACUUUCUGAUGAGCCCCAGUCCGCCUCGCCUUCGCCCAGCUACAUGUGGUCCUCGAGCGCACCGCCCCGCUACUCUCCCCCCUACUACCCGCCUUUUGAAAAACCACCACCUUACAGCCCCUAAAGAGGAAUGCCUGCUGGCUAUUGAGAUUAUUGUGGCUUUUGUAUUUCUGCUUUAGUGGAAGUGCGUAGGGUACAAAAUUUAAAGUGUGAUUCUUACGCAUAAAGUUUUGCGAAGGCCUGCCAAGCUAGGGAAAGAUAGGGAUGAAGCUUAUUCAUUUAUCAGUGCAGAGUAGGGGUGGCUAGGCUGAACCCAGCACUUCCAAAAAGGGCAGCGCGCACUCUAAGCAAGGCUGGGGAGCCAUCCCGGCAAGAAGCUUGUCCUGUAUGGACGUGCAUUUCCCUAUGGCUCCACCUCUGUCCUCAGUGGUGCUUGCCACCUAUUUCACUUUGUGUAAAUGCAGUGUCGUCCUCAAACCCUUGGCAGACCGCCACCCUAGCACCUUGGGUGAAGCACCUGGCUUAUCUAUAGGCCCUAUCUUUCCCUACCACUAAAGUCAGUCCCUAAGGAAAAUUUCCCAGAUGGAGCUACCCAGUGGUUCCAAUACAGAGAGUUCCGGCUAAGAUUUUGUUUGCUUGUGUCUGGAUGUCGAAAAACGCUGCCCGUAUCUUGUACUCCUUUCUUCUCUGUGAGUAUUGUAAAAACGGCUGUUGUGAUCAUUCAGCUCAGCUUUUGUUAUCAGUACCUCCCAAAGGGAAAAGUGCAAUAUUCCCUCGAGUAGUGGGGAACAGGAUCGAUUGUUUAGGACGCACUGAAAUACAAAGAGCAACGUGUGAGGUGUUUUGAGUUGAUCUCAGUUACACACCCGAUAACUUAGGAGACAGUGGUUCUACUGCAUGGUGCAGUAUUACAAAAGACAUUGGCUAUGGGAGAUCUUACGGUUAAAAUUCAGAGUUAAAAACGCUAGGUUAGGUUCUUGGGUGGUGAUGAUGAAUUGUUACUAAUCUUUGUGACUAUUUAAUCUUCAAAUAUUGUGCUUCCAUCCCAGCAAACCGCUCGUAUCCCGCACCCCACCCCAAAAGAAUCAUCUGUAUUCUAAUGCCACUGCUCUUAUUGGUCCUUUUUUCUGUUGAGACCAAUCAUGACAGUGUUCAAGAUUAUGAAAGUGUUACAAUGCCGCUUUAAGUCUGCAAAACCUCAAAAGUAGCCAACUUGACAAAUUCUUAGGUGUUACCGUAAAUUUCAAAUCCAUCUAGCACAUUGUGGUAGGUGUUUGUACAGUUCUUUUAAUUAAGCAUAGCUUUAAACCAUCCACCUGACGAAUUUAACACUUUGGCACCCAUGCCUUCACUUCAGAACCAACACUUUCACUGCGAUCUUAUGUUAACCUGAGAACUGGAGUGAUUUAAAGGAAGACGGAUAAUCCUACACUUGUAUGACGUAAAAAUACAGGGGCUACAGGAGGGUACCUAAUUAGAUAGUUCUGCAAACACAGAACGCAUAUGGGAAAAUUUUCCGGCCAAUUUCGCUACCUCCCGACUUGAUGGAUUAGAGGUAGCAGGCAAAUGCUGGUGCUCCCAUCUACCUUGUAGACACCCAGCCAUCAAGAAUUAUCAAGGCACAACAAGUGCACACAUUGUUCACAGUAAGUGUUUGCAAAGCAUUCAGUUUGACUUCCGGCAUCGCGAAUGAUGCCUCAUCCAGAGUUCAAAUCGGGAACACUAGAAUCCUUUUGCGUUAUAUAAAAUUACUAUUAUUUUCUACAGUUCUGAGCAUAUUAAAUUCUAUUGGAUUUCAAAAAGGGACUAAUAACCAAUUGACUUACUAUACAAAUACCAACUUGUAAUACUCAAUGAAAUUUUUUGCCAUUUACACUGUACCUUUUGCUUUAGUGAACGUGUAUGAGUAUUUAAUUUUUUAAGAGGCACCAUUACACAGUAUAUCCUACAUUUAUCACAUUUCUUAAAGUGUUAAGACUCUGACUCAUUUCUAUAUACUUUUCUUACUUUACAAAAUAACUUGAAACAGAAUAGAUUUUGUAACACUUAAUUUGAGCAGCUUCUUUUUUUAUUACAUUGAAUUAUAUAAAGUGCAUGUUACCUUAGAAAAAUUAGUAUUUGCUGCUUUACUCUUUUGCAAAACAUUUGCUGUAAUGAAGGAAUUUGUAUUUCCAAUAUGUACCUUGACUGCAUUUUGUAAUAUUUACUGCUUUAUUCCUAAUUCUGCUUUCAAGUAUUGAACUGGGCAUGAAACAUUAAAAUAUUAAUCCAGAACCUGUAUAAACUGGAUGUUGCUUAAAAUCUGUAUCACUGCCAUGUUGGAAACCCAGACUGCUUUUGUGAUGUUUCAAAUUAAUAAAACUACCCUCCUCCUUA